AUGGCAUCGUCGAGCCUCAAGUCGCUAAGAAAUCUCAUCCCAGAGAUGGAAUCCGCUCUGAAAUCGUUCCAAAGCUCUCAAUCGCAAUUCAUAGUCCUCCGGACGGUCAACCCUCAAGGAGACACCAAGUACGUUUCUCCCAAGACACUGUUCAUCCUGGACUCAUCCUUCAAUCCACCAUCAAUAGCUCACCGCACUCUGGCCAAAUCCGCUCUCACCAGAUCUGUCCUGGAGAACUACGAAUCUCCCCAUCGGUUGCUGCUUCUCUUCGCCGUGAUGAACGCAGACAAGGCGCCUUCUCCAGCCGCGUUCGAGCAAAGACUUUCAAUGAUGACCGUUUUUGCACACGAUCUACUCGAGAGCUUGAGUGCAGACUCACAGACUACCCCCGUACCAGUCGACAUUGGCGUCACCACUGCACCAUACUAUACAGACAAGUCAAGCGCCAUCGAGACGGAAGGAGCAGAAUGGUAUCCGACCAAACCGAUACAUGUCCACCUCGUCGGUUUUGAUACUCUUACGCGAUUCUUCGCUGCAAAGUAUUAUCAAAAGUUUAAUCCACCGUUUUCUGCCUUGAAUCCAUAUUUCGAUGCUGGACACAGGCUUCGCGUAACGCUCAGACCGGAUGACGAUCAUGGAAGCGUAGAUGAACAGCGAAGCUUCCACAAGAGACUCGAAGACGGCGAAAUGGAGAAGGACGGCGCGAAGAAAGAAUGGGCGAAUCAAGUUGAGCUUGUCUCUCCUAACCCCAAAGCCGGCGUCAGCUCUACGAAAAUUCGGAGGGCGGCGAAGAGCGGCGAUUGGGAGACCGUGAAGGAGCUCUGCACGCCCAGUGUUGCCGAGUGGGUGCAGAAUCACAGGUUGUAUGAGGAGGAUGCUACAGGUGCAAAGAUGGCAUGA